AUGCCCCGGACUUGUCGUUUUAAUCUCCUCCUCGGAAACGAGAUUAUGACAGUCUUGCAGGGCGACAUCAUGAGGAAUUUCCGGACCGGGAUCAACUGGGCCAAGAAGGUGUACAGCCGGGUCGCUUACAAGAAGCUCUGCGUUCAAGAGAGGCGGUGGAAGAAGAAGGAAACCUUCCGACCGUUCAGGGCCGCACUUUGGGUGUGGUUCUUAGUCAAUUGCAUCCAGGGGAGAAACGGGAGCGAGUGGUAG